AUGGUCGGUAUGAUGCUCUGGGGUGGCUUCAAUUUCGUAGAUGGUAGUGAUUGGUCUGAAAUCGUCUUCUCUGGUCCUAAUCUCGGUUAAUACACAGAUAGAGGAGCUUGAAAGGUAUGCGUUUGCGCUUGAUAUGCACCCGUCUUUGGCUGAGUUGAUAGCGGUCUUCCAGAGUUUGACGCACUUGUUCCAAUACCUUGCAUGCCUCCUCGCUCUCUCUCCCCUCUCCAAAACGUCUUCACACUCAGGAACACCAUUGGGCUCCUCCGCAAAAGCACAGCUUUGCACCCAUUCGUACGAGGCAUCGAGAUCAUGCAUCCGUAUCAUGAUGAUGAUCAGACCCAUUGCUGAAAACCGUCACCCCGCUCGCCAACUGCAUGUACCGCUCAUACUGUUUGAUAGCAUGCGUCAGCUUCUCGAGACAGAGCGCGUUCGUGCAGUUCUACCUCUGCAGCGGCAAGAACUCGACUUUGGCGAAUGGUUCCACUGGGGGAUGGGGCGAUGGGAGCUUGUCGCCUGCGAUAGGUGGCUUCGGGCGGGAAACUCGGGCGUGCGCGAUGGGGAUUGGCGGGAACUUUGGUUGAAGAGAGGAGACUCCUUGUGAGAUCAUGGUGCUUGCGGUGGUCCCUGAAGUUGGUUCUCAUC